AUGAUACUCGACGUCCCCGGGCUGACGAGGGACGAGGUGAGGAUCGAGGUUGAGAACUGGGUGCUCAGGGUCAGCGGCGAGAGGAAGCGGGAGGACGCCGAGAUGAGGACGAAGAAGAGAUCAGGAGAAAUGAUGAGGUUGCAGUGGCAUCGGGUGGAGAGGUCGCACGGCAAGUUCUGGAGGCAGUUCAGGAUGCCGGAGAAUGCUGACCUGUCCUCCCUCAGGGCCAAGCUGGCAAACGGGGUCCUCACGAUCACGUACGCCAAGCUGUCUCCCGACAUGAUGGAAGAGAGAAAGACUGUCGGUAUUGAUGGUGCCGGCGGAGGAGAUUCGGCCGCGGCGGUGCCGAGAUACAGGGUCAAGCCGGAGCUGUGA